GUAAAAUUCCCGAGCCUUUCCAUCCAACGCAAUACACAAACCCUUCCCCUUCCUCGAGUGCUUUGGAAGCACGACGCUAGCGCGCGACACACCGAUCAGGCGCGCCGAAGCAGCAGCAGCAGCCGCCGCACAUCUUCCGGCGCCGGCAGAGCUCGACGGCCACCGCGCCGGGAGCGGCCAUGUCGAAGAAGAAGGCCGUCACGACGAUGACGCUCAAGGACUUCCACGGCGGCUCCAUCCCCUCCGAGCUCCCGCUCCCCUCCGCCCCAGGAGUCACCCCGCGCCCAGCGGACCGCCCCGUGACAUCCGCGUCCCCCGUCGCGGCCGCAGUCGCACGGCCCCGCGUCCCGGUCCCUUCCCCUACCGCCGCGGCAGCGGCCGCCGCCGCGAUGCCGUCCUUCCUUACCACCCCGUCGCGCAUCGGCCGCCACUUCGACGAGGACGAGCGCACACCCUUCGAGCCCGCUGCGCCGCGCCGCCCGGCGCCGUCGCCCACGUCGUUCGCGCCCACCCCCGUAGUGGUGCCCGCCAGAUCCGGGCCCGGGAACGUCUGGGGCCCGAGGAGGGAGGCCGCUCCGACCGCGUCCCCGGUGGGUCCCGCCCCCGCCUCACCCGGCGGUCAGAUCUGGUCGGCGACACGCAUCGCCCAGGCGAGCGCGGUGGAGAAGGUGAUCUCCGGGAGGUGGCACCCGUCGAGGCCCUCGUCUCCGCCGGCGCCAGUGUCGGCUCCGGUGGUGGAGACUCCCGUGGCCCCGCCGCCGAUGGAGAGGCCAAGGUCUGUUGGCGUGAGAGAACUGGACGUUGGGGUCGAGAGGGGCGCGGCACCAGUGAGACCCGCGUCGCAUGAAGGGAGGGUUGGGGAGGGGAGAGUCGCGGAGGUGCCGGAGAGACCCAAGUUGAAGCUGCUUCCUCGGUCCAAGCCAAUCGAGGCUUCUGAACCAUCUCCUACCUAUGAUGAAGACAAGCAGGUACACCAAGUCCAGGUUACUGCAAAUGUCAUGAAGAUCGAGGCUGUUAAUGAUGUGCAUCAGAAUUUGAUGGCAGCAAAAACAGGAGUGUUAGGAGCAGAUGCUGAGACUGAGAGCAGGUUAGCAGAGCGACCACGGCUGAAUCUGAAACCUCGUUCGAAUCUGACAGGACAGUCCGAUGAAAUUGCUGUAAAGGAAAGGCAAUCCCUCUUUGGUGGUGCUCGCCCCCGGGAACAAGUUCUCAAAGAACGUGGAGUAGAUGUUUUGGCCACUGAUCUUGAGAAGACUUCACCUGUUGGCAGGUCUAAAAGUGAGUUUGCAAAGGUUGAGCAGAAGGUUGAAGCUAUGUCCAUUAACCCCUCUGUUGAAAGGGCUGAGGGUUUUCCAGCUGGUCAUAGAGGCCCAAGGAAUGGUGAUAGGAAAGAUUACAGGCGGGAUUCAGACAAGGCUGAUGCAUAUAGGCCUUCUCGUCGGGAGGACAACCGGAGGGUUGCUAGAGAUGUAGAGAAGCCACCGGAGCAACCACGGCCAGAGCCUGAAACCUGGCGUAAGCCGGUGGAGCCACCGAAGCCUGAAGUUACAACACCUCGUUUUGGGAAGGCAGCAACUGCAUUGGAGCUCGCCCAAGCCUUCUCAACGUCCAUGUCUGAUAAUGUGCCACAGAGCCGAUUGACCAGUGUUCCUAGUCCAAGGGUUCCUCCGAGCCCAGGGGCUAGGGAUCAGUCUGGGUUUUCAAGGCUCACUGACAACAGAGCGUUACAUUCUGGCCCAUCCCAUUCCCAGCGAAAGAUAAACGGCUACUGAUCCCUUGGUACACAUAUUACAUGUGCCAUGAUGACACAACUCAAGAAGUAUCAUGGCCCUCCAUGAAGCGCCCUGCUGUACCUCCAUGUUCAACUGUUCCUGCGUGGAGAAGUAUGGUCGUUGCUCUGUCAGACGGUGGCACACGAGGGGCCAAUCUCAAUUAGCAAACAAAAUGCUCCUCUCAUAAGUUUCUGGUCGAUGGUUUAUAACUCAGGGUCCUCUCUUGAUAGCGAGAGAUGUGAAUUCGUGAAACUAUUUCUGCUUCUGUUCUUCAGCCAUGCUACCCGUGAUUAAUUGCUGGGGAAUAAUUAUUAUGCUGCUCCGGUAGUUGGAUGUGCCGUACUGUGUAUUUCUGGCGUGCUUGGUUUUACGAUGUUGCCAGAUUGGUGGUGCUACGCAGCAUAUGUAUUGAAAUGUGCCCUUCUGACGGCACAAAAUUGUGGUUUCAUUGUGUUGGUUUUGGGCACAUGGAACUGUAGUUCGAUUAUGAUAAAGGAUAAAUAGUUCUCAA